AGCGCGGAAAUCCUCCGUACAGUACUGUCAGAAACUUGCACGACGUCCUACAUUGAAGAAAUUACUAAUGACACAUGUCCAGGCCUGCACCGUCGAGUCGGCGGCGAGGCGGAACCCAGAGUGGCAAAUCAAUCUCAUCUUCGCGGGACCGGUCGGCGCCCACAAGCUUACGAACUCCGUAUUGGCUAACCUGGUUACGAUGCGCAACGUGAAAGCAUCCCGAAUGCUUCUUUCGAGACUAGUGACGCAAACGUCAACCCUGGAAGUGAAAGAGCUGCUACAAAAAAGCAGAUAUCCUGUCUCUCAUGCUUCAGACAUAUACAGAUACUUAGUGUUGUAUAAAUACCCGGGAGUGUAUUUAGACUUGGACAUGAUAGUAGCGAGACCGUUCGGGACUCUGGCGCGAGAUUUUGUUAGUAGGGAGACGCAGAGUGUUGUUGCGUCAUGGGCGCUCGGCUUCUCGAAUAGCCCAGUAGGUAGAAGGAUGGCAAGAAUAGCAAAAGUUGAUAUUCGGCGAACGUUCUCCCCGGACGUGUGGGGCAGCAACGGACCAGGCGUAGCAACGCGCGCUCUUACACAAUUCUGCCUCACCAAAAUCCGCAAAACCUCCACUCGAUGGCACACAGACGCCUGUCAAGGUUUAGAAAUCUAUGAUACCCGAUACUUCAGUCCACGCGUAAGAUACUUCACAGAAGUCGGAGAGGAGGCGAGGGUAAAACAUCGAAACCAACACCGUUCCGGAGUCCCGUUCUCUCAGAUUUCGUCAGAACGUCUUCAGAGCCAGUCCACGCUCGGCUUGGCCGCGCUCACAUGAAAAAAACCGGUACGUAUAUUCAAAAGUGCAACACUUUUAUUUUUAACGGAGAUUGCUUCCCAAUCACAUAGAACGUACUUAAAUAGUUGUGCAAGUGAAAGUUCCCGCUUUGAGGUAACUUGAAUGACACACAAAAUACUUGUAACGCUUUUAUUUGCUAAUUUCAUUUAAUGUCGUUAUUGCAGCUCUUUCUACGAUAAUAUAGAUAUGUCCAACGUACAUUUGAACCAUAGUACGGUACAAUACGCUUCGUGACAUUUUAAAGAUUGCGAUCCAAUUUAAUUGUAUUUUUUCACGAGACGUUUUCUUUGGCUUAUUUAGUUUUAUAUUUUAUUUUCUAACAAUAAGUAAACGUCUCGGCCUUCAGCCUUAUUACCUAAACUCUUUUUUUUAUAUUUUUACACAUUUUAAACUGCAACUCCGUUCUGGUCGCGCCACCGGCAAUUGCUACUUCGUAGGUGCUUCCCUAAUUCUUUUUUGCCGUCAGUGGGCUUUCAGAACGGAGGCAAAAGGACUGUUACUACCAGUUGGUUGUCCGUUGCAGGAGUUACCUUCGAAUUAAACUACCUUCGGGUUGGAAAACUACCCUCGGGCUGGAAAGCUACCUUUGCUGAGCUUCCUUCGAGUUCAU